AGAGCUCUCGAAGCUCACGCCAUUCUCUUCGCCGUUGUCCGCCAUGGCCGUGGCUCUCCAGAGCUUUGUCUCGCUUCGAAACCCUAACCCUAGUUCUUAUGGAGCUAUGACCCCGCGUCCUCUCUCUCGUUCUCCUCUUCUCCAAUUCGCACCGCUUCCCGUUCGCUUCAGACCUGGUUCUAUCCUGUCAUCCUCUUCGAAGCGAGAUAACAAGAUUUGUAUCCUUUCAUCGCCCCGCCUGAUCUCCAGGGUUUACUGCGUGUCUGCUCCUCAUGAGGAAUCGAAGCAUUCCGAUAUUGGUCCAGAAGAGAAAAGGUUUGAAAGAGAAUCUAAUGAGCCAGAAGAAGAUUGGCAGAAGAUUCUCAAAACUUUCAAAGAAGAAGCCAUAAAAAGGAAAAACACCUCGCUGGAUGCGUAUGCGAAGUAUUCCAAAGUAGCGAUGGCAAUAUUAAAAGAAACUUCUGUAGUUCUGAAAAUUCAAGCAGACCAGGCUAAAAAUGAUUUGAUGGAAAUAGUUCAUGAAAUCAAUGAAGAAGGACAAGGAUAUCUUUCUUCUUCUCCUGAUUCAGUAAAAGAAAUUGUGGAAGCAUUCUCAUCUCCCAAUGAUUUAAAAGAAAUUUCUAAGCUGCAAGAUUUUCAUGUUGGCAUUCCAUAUGGUUUUUUGCUUGCAAUUGGUGGUUUUCUUUGGUUCAUGUUGACUGGUAGUAUCUCAGCCAUUCGUUUUGGCGUUAUCCUUGGUGUGGCACUUUUCGCUUUGAGCUUGCAAAGUUUAAGAUUAUCGAAAAGUGGGCAGUCCUCUGCUUUGCUUUUGAAGUCACAAGCUGCAAUUGUAGCGAUUAUCUUCAUGAGGGAGUGGCGAUUGUAUUUUCAGAAGAGCUCGUUUCCAGGUCUAGUGAUGACACUUGUCAGCGGAGCAGUGGUAGCCUUCUACAUUUAUAAGAUUUUAACAAUUGACAAAGGUGAUGGUACAAAACUUGCAGAAUCCGAGUAAUAAGUGAUAAUAAUGAGGAAACAGCAGAACCUCUUUAUUUUUUAGGGAAGCCAAGAAUUGCCAUCAGAAGAGGGCGCCUGUUGCAGACAUCUGGUAAUAGCAGUUGAUUUUCAAUAAAAGUGUUAAAACAGGGAGAAGCGGCAAAUGUUUUUCUUCCUUAAUCUAUUCUCCCACUUGCUUGUAUUUUCUUUCAUUUAUGUUCUGAAAAUGAUAUAUAUAUAUAUAUAUAUAGACAGUACAAUCUUCAGAAAUGAAGUUAUCUGGGUCCAGAUUUAUAACAAAAGUACCAUCCAUUGUCAUCUACUCUUUGUAAGAAAAACAGUGGGCAUUAUCUUUAGAAUGUUUCCAUGCCUGCAAUUGCAGUCAAUUUUAUUUGUCAA